UUUUAAAGCAGUUUAACAAGUUUGUGGAGCCUACACUACCACAGCAGGAAGAGAGAAUACAGCAGAUGAUCAACAUUGCAAAACAUAUUUAUGGAGCGGAAGACGGUGUGAAGUAUAUUGAGAAGAUAUUAGUAAAACACAAGGAAGCCAUAAACUCUGUGAAUGAUUUAUGUAUCUACCUGAAGGAGCUAGAAGAGAAGCUGGAGGAACCACAGAAAGUUCCAGAAAAUUCCAUAAGCGAAGAACAUGCGGAAACUACAGAUCCUCUUUUGUCUGCCAAAGAUGGUAGUAUACUUGUAAAUGCAGAAUUACAGCCUGACUUGCUAGCAGAAGAAGCUGUAUCUGGUGAUGAAUAUGAGUGUAUAUCCCCUGACGACAUCUCCUUGCCUCCGCUUGCUGAAACUCCCGAAUCCAACCUGCCCCAGUCUGAGACAGAGCAGGACGAGCAGAAUUGUUACAGCUCCCAUAACAUGCAUGUCAGCUCGUACAGCUUGCAAAUGCAAAUAAAUGCCAGCGGCAAGAGGCUGGUGGAUGGCUCAGAAAGGCUAACACCUGUCGCUUACACUGACUUGUCGAGUCACAGGAGAGAAAAGACUUCCAAUUAUGUUGAGAGGUUCUGUUCUCCCACUGUUGGAUACAAAACAGAAUCUCCUUUUUCCCACCACUCGACAGUAGUCAAUGAAACAUGCUAUUCCCUAAGUACCUCACCUGCCAAAGCAAAACCCAGCUACCACCUGAUGAACGAAGUGCAUGAAACUCAUUUGCAGCGCCGUUCUGUUUAUGAGAGCACGGAAAAAACAGAACAAUUGCAUGCUUCUGAUAAUACUGCUAGAGCUAAAGAUAGGCUGCAUGUUACCCCAGAUGAAUUCUCUGGUCUCAUGUUUCAAUCAGACACUGCCAAGACCUGCCAGAGGCAUACA